GACGCUACUAGAUAUUCAUCGGCCGCGAAUCGAUUGAACGACGUACUAUUUCCCGGCGUGAAAAAUGCGACGAACGAUUAGUUUUUAGUGGAAAAAUUCACGUCGAUCAUGUUUUACGUGCUCGCGUUUCUGGUCUUGGUGCUGGUGAUUUUCCACAUCUGUACUCGCUAUGACAGAAGAGGUCGUAUGUUGCGAUCGGUACCGUGUCCGAAACCCUAUCCGAUUUUCGGCAACACGCUCAUGUUCUUAGACCCGGAUUUGUGCAACUUUUGGCGUAUCACGAGAAAAGUGACGGAACAAUUUCGUCCCGUUUCCGUACUGUGGAUGUUCACGUCUGCCAUCGUCAAUAUUCACCAUCCUGAUGACGUCGAGAUUUUAUUGUCCAGCAAUAAAGCUAUCGAGAAGGGCUUCGUUUAUAAUUAUCUCAUGCCAUGGCUGAAGACUGGCUUGUUAACGAGCACAGGUGAAAAAUGGCGCAACCGACGAAAAAUGCUUACACCCGCUUUUCAUUUUAACAUCUUGAAAAAAUACAUGGAAAUAACGGAGAGGGAAGGACAGAAAUCCAUCGACAAGUUGAAAUUACGAGGGAACGAUUUCGUCGUGGAUCUCGUGGAGCUGAGCUCGAAAUACACUCUAAACAUAAUUUGUGAAUCCGCAAUGGGUGUGAGUUUGGAUACGAUCGAUAACAAAGAGCUGGAUCGGUAUAAACAGGCCAUUCACGAAAUAGGUAUCGUGACUGUUUACAGAACGCCGAGGCCGUACGUUACUAAUUGGAUGAUGCCGUUCAUUUACAAAAUAGGAUCUCUUCAGAGAAAUGCUCUAAAGACUCUUCACAAUUUCACAGCCAAAAUAAUUCAAGAGCGCAAAGAUUACCACAAAAGCACGAAUAACAAGUACCUAAAUGGCUUGAGCGAGGAGAGCGAGGAUGACAAGCUGGCCGAUGACUCGAUCGGACGGAAGAAACGAAUGGCCAUGCUGGACCUGCUGCUCGCUGCCCAACGGAAUGGACUCAUCGACGAUCAAGGCAUCGAGGAAGAGGUCGACACCUUUACCUUUGAAGGCCACGAUACGACCGGUAUGGCGAUGUCGUACACGCUGUUUUUAUUGGCCCAUAACCAAGAGGCACAGGAGCGAGCGAGGCUCGAAGUCACCGAGUUAUUGGAAAAAAAGCAGGGAAAAAUUGACAUGGCAAAUUUGCAAGAGCUCUGUUACCUGGAGCGUUGCAUUAAAGAGUCGCUCAGGCUCUACCCGCCUGUAUCGACCAUCUUACGUCACACCACCGAAGACAUACAAUUGAAGAACAUACUGGUACCAGCCAAUACGGACAUAAUCGUGCACUUUUACGAUACGCAUCGAGAACCGGAGUACUGGCCAGAUCCCGAAAAGUUCGAUCCGGACAGAUUUUUGCCGGAAAACAGCCGCAAUCGGCACCCGUUUGCUUACGUGCCGUUCAGUGCUGGGCCACGUAACUGCAUAGGUCAGAAAUUCGCCAUGAUGGAGUUGAAGUCGUUGAUCGCUCGGAUACUCUACGACUUUAUUCUAGAACCAAUCGACAGGCUCGAAGAUAUGCAAUUACAAGCAGACAUCGUCAUACGUCCGAAUGAUCCUAUUCGCGCUCGAUUCGUUCCAAUCAGGCGGGAAUGACAUCGAGUGCAUCGUGUCGAGUGCAAAUCGUUGCGUCGCAACGAGCCACGACUGUAACAUUUAGCAUAUUGCGUGAAGAUGAGCUCACCUGUAAUGUCUAACCGGGCCGUGGUAGGUGUUAUGCGCGUAACCGCUAGUCGAGCUGAACUCGUAAUCCGUCCCCAAGAAGCCGGAAUUUCGGCUGU